AAUUUUUUAAUUGAAAAAUGCAUAAUUAGAUUGAUUAAGGUUUAUUAUAGGAACAUGAUCAGAAUAAUGGUAUAGAUUAGAAUAAAUGAAUAGUUGAAAUUUUACCAAAUGAGAAUACUGAAAUAUAUAAAUAACCUACUUAAAUAUUUGAGAUGGGAAAGGAAUACUUUAAACAAUGCCAUCAAUUAUUAGCCAUUUAUACAGCUCUUAAAUUUAUUGCCUCAAUUACUUUAGUAUAUAGUAAAACUAAAAUAUUAGAUUAUUUUAAGAGAAACUUUAUACCAAGAUGAAAUUCUUGAAAAGGAUUUUGAGGAUAUCUUUGAUGCAGCUUAUUUAGAAAUCUGGAUGUAUGUUUCCUGUAUUUAUUUAUUUUUUUAAAUAAGGUGCUCAUAGUCUAUUUGCUUUCAUCUAUUAUACUUAAUUAUUGAUAAAAAUUGAUAACCAUAUUAAGUGCACUCAAAUAAUUGAAGAAAUGAUGUAAAUGAUAGUGAUCGAGGUUCCUGAAGGUUUUACUAAUCAGGAAAGAUAGGAUUUCAUAAGCGAUUAAGUUAAUAUAUAAAAUUAAGAAAUGGUUUAAAGAUUAGAAAUAGAUGGGCAAAUAGAAGAGUCAAGAAGAAUCACUCUUAUUGCAACAGAUAUAAAAGUUUAAAUUCACAAUAUAUAAGAAAAACCUCUUGAAAUAGGAAAAGCUUUUAAAUUUCUUAGGAAAAGGAUGCUUUAUCCUUUUUUAAUUUAUAUAAUUAUGGGGGUUGAUAUUCUAUUUUCAUAGUAAAAAAAGUGAAAACAAUAGUAAUGUCUUAUUUUAUAGUUUGUAUAAAGGCUAUUUGCUUUCCGUAAAGUUAUUCAUAAAUUAUAGGUUGUAUUUAUGGGAAUAUAUCAAUAUUUAGAAAUCUACAUAAUAACUCUAUUAGUUUUAAUUUUUUUGCCAAUUCUUCUUUUUUAUAGUUUAUAUGACUGGAUUAAGAAUUAUUGUUAAAAAAGAAAAGAUAGAAGAAGAAUUGAUGAUUCAUUAAAAGAAAGUAUGUUUAGUUUACAAGAAAAAGCUGAAGGUAAUUUAUGAAGUCUAUUAUAUAUUAGGAGAUAAUGAAUGUGCAAUUUGUAUGAAUGAAUAUGAAGAAAAAGAUAAAAUUGCAGUUCUGCCAUGCUCAAAUAAACAUCAAUUUCAUUCAUCAUGUAUUAGAAUGUGGUUAGAAGUCAAUACAAAAUGUCCUUUAUGCAGAAGUGAUGUAAUUCCUUUGACAGAUGAAGUUUUCUGAUUUAUUUUAUCAUAUAAUUCGC